GUGCACGCGGGAGACCGCCGAGGAGUUCCACGGGCUUUCGGCCGGGAGAGCGAUCGACGCAGCACUGCGCCCCCACGUGUCAUGCCAACCUACACCGCUGGAUACGGAUGCGCAAGCGCAGGAGAUGGUGGCUGUCGUUCCAGAACCGACGACCCCGAUCACCGCGGGCGCCAGGGGCAUCCACCGCGCGAUGCAGGCACCAAUCAUGUCGGACAUCGAGUUUGCGCGCUGCUCGAUAUGCCUGCAGACGUUCCAGCCGCGCGACGCGCUCUGGUACCUUCAUUGCG